CUUAUAUAAUUUAAAUAGAAGUAAAUGUGUAUUUAGUUUCGAACUAUGAGUGCUAAGUUUCAUUAAUCUCUAUCUUAUCCUCUAUUCUACUCUUUUUUCAUUCUCUAGUCUUUCCUUCUACUAACCUUUGCAUUUUUUACUUUACUAAACAAAACAACAUUAAGAACAUCAAAAAGAUAACAUCUAAAUUCACGAAAACACCCAAAUCGUACAGCACAUCACUAAGAUCAAGUCUCAGUACAAAUCUGCCAACUCGGUUUAAGCCAAUGGACUCACAACUAAAUAAGAUAUCAUGAGAUUAAUCCCAACAAUCGGGAAAUAUACCAUAAAGAACCUGGGAGUCAAUAAGACUCCUGAUGAAGUUCCUGAAGAGAGCAACGAAAGAAAAUCAGAGAAGAAAAAGGGAACAACUAAGAGAGAUAAUAACUUAUCCCAGCGUGUUCGUUCUUUAAUGAUAAAAGUUAAACCUUCAGAAGGUACUUUAAAACGUAUUAUUACUUAAUAUAAUUCUGUAUGCACAAGUUCUUCAGAGUAAAUUAAAGUACUAAAAUAAAGGACUCUGUAAACAUCCCUUGAGAAUGUAUUGACCUCGAUAUCGACGAAAUAAUCCAAGAAACCGGGCUAAAAAUAGGCAGCACACUAGGUACAACCCUUGUCAUAGCAAGAAGAAUUUCGGUACCUUAAACCUGUAUUAGUCAGCUUAUAAAUACCCAAAACUCUUAUUCAAACCUUAUUAGCAUGAACUGUAGUUCUUUUGUGAGCCAAGAGACUUUGCAAUCUCUUUUGCAUAAAUCUGAGACUAGCCUGAACUCCUUGAAUUAUCCAUGAAAGAACUAGACUAAAAUACCAAAAAGACGUAAAUACUUUUUCUGCCAGGACCUAUUCUGUUCCUUCUCUCUACAUCUAUUCAGUACAUCCUUUCUAAAUACAGGGUGCAUGGGCAACCUUAGCUUACCAAAGAGGAGUUGUAGUACUAUAAGUAUUACUGAUCGAACAAGCAAGGGUCUCUUUCUUCAGUUCUUCUGAGCCCCAUCCCUAAAUCUCAACUUUAUUCACACAUAACUCCAAGCAGCGCUUCCUUCUUGACUGGCUCCAAUCCACUGGUCUGACUAAUUUCCUUGUCUGAACUCUCGCAGCAGAGAUCUUAGGCUCAAAGCUCUUGAAGAAGGAAGGGCUAGGGGUGACCAGAGUGACUGGAAGAGCCUCUGAUUGAUAGUAGGGGUUAAGGAGUUGGGAUGGGUAAUUUAGUGGAUAAGUGGAUUUUGGGAGAGGAAGAGGGGAGAGAGGGUUAAGGGGAGAAAUCAAAUGGAAGGGAUGAGAGAAGACGAGUUUGAGGGGAAAUAGGGGUUUAGAGUGUGGGAAAUAUGUUUUGAGGGUGUCCUAGAUAGACGGGUUUAGGUCUUUUAUGGAGGAUUGAGAUUUUCUAUCUUUAUUUAUCCAAAAAUCAAGGUGCUU